CAGAUACUGCUGACGUUGUCGUGACACUUGUGCCAGCCAUGAAGAGCAACUAACAAGAAUAUAUUCAUGGAGAUAUUAUCUCGCACUUCAACGUCGGUAAAGAAGAAGCCUUAGCUUUAGCUAGUUUAUCAACUUCAUCAUCUCUGCAUACAUCCAAACGCCUUCCCUGAUACUCAUCAACGUUGUAGGUCCGCGAUUCGUUUUGCGCAGUUUCUCAAAACUAAAAGAACGAAAUAAGUAGAAGUUGUUAUUCAAAAAUAUCCAAGUUCUUAGUAAACAAAGAUCCUCUAUCAGAAAAAAUGCCGGCAGGACAAAUCGGGUCUAUCGCCAAGGUCGCAGGACCUUUGGUGGUCGCUGAUGGUAUGAGCGGGUGUAAGAUGUUUGAAUUGGUGCGUGUGGGUGACCAGAAGUUGAUUGGUGAAAUCAUCCGAUUGGAAUUGGACACGGCCAGUAUUCAGGUAUCUGAUUAUGGACGAUUGCUCUUAUGCCUCUUCGCUCCACGAGAUUUCAAUACUCGACUCUGCAGCUAUUCUUGAGGAGCCCCCGCAACGUUUACAUUGACAAUCUGUCAUGAGGUUGAGGCUAUGUAUGGAAUAGACACACCACCCCUUUCCUGAAAUGUGAAAUCUUCCAUCCCCUAAAAUCUUCCAUCCUCACCGACCCACAACAACCAGGUCUACGAAGACACCGCUGGUUUGACCGUCGGUGACCCCGUCUUCUCCACUGGUUCUUCCCUGUCCCUUGAGCUCGGACCGGGUAUCUUGAACGAUAUCUAUGAUGGUAUCCAACGACCCCUGGAGCGUAUUAUGAAUGACACAGGAGAUGUGUUUAUCCGCAGGGGUGUGGAGGUGGACAACUUGAACCGAGCCAAGCUGUGGGAAUUUAGACCCUUCCCGGGAAUUAAGUUGGGAGAUAUGUUGACUGGUAAAAACAGUACUGUAAGUAUCUUCUACAUCAGAAGCUAUACAGUAUCUACAGUAUCUACAGUUCCGACCCUUCCCGUUGGGAGAUAUGAUGACUGGUAGAAACAUUUGAUUUCGUUAAAUUUGAAUAAAGGCGUACAAUACUACAUCACGAGCAGACCCCUGAUGUUUUCCCGAAUUUCCAGGUGGCGACAUCUUUGGUAUCGUCCGUGAGAACGGUCUAUUCCGGGAGCAUCGUAUCAUGGUCCCGCCGCGUAGUCAGGGUCGUGUCGCUUUCUUGGCCCCAGCCGGAAACUACAAGAUCUUGGACGAUCUUUUGGUCUUGGACACGCCCACAGGCCAGAAGGAGAAGCUGCAGAUGAUGCACCAAUGGCCAGUGCGUGAGGCACGACCGGUCAAGGAGAAACUGAGAGGUACAUCUACAUCCUCCAGAUCUACAACUCUUUCAUUAUCUUAUAUAUAACCAAAUCAAGUUAUUGACACUGUAUUUGUAUUAAAGAGGUUUACCUCGGUCACUGAAAUAGAUUGAUCCGACUCUUCUUCCAAACGCCUCUUCCACCAGGUGAAGUCGCAAUGCUUACAUGCCAGCGUGUCUGCGACGCCCUGUUCCCUAUGACCCUUGGAGGAACCGCAGCUGUCCCCGGUGCGUUCGGUUGCGGAAAGACCGUCAUUUCCCAAGCCUUGUCAAAAUAUUCGAAUACCGGUACUAGAGCUAAUGCUAAUAUUUUUUUAAGUAGAUUUGUGACAACUCGUCGAAUAAUUGGUCCUCAGGUUGUUCACUCUAUAUGAAUUUCUUGUCUCUGUCUCACACUGAAAAUCAUAAUCAUUUUCCCUAACGACCCAAGAACUACCCUGUGGUCUCACCACACCCAGACAGACUGACUUUCAAAAUCUCUUUCCCCACAUCUCUACAGAUGUCGUCGUCUACGUCGGAUGCGGUGAGCGAGGAAACGAGAUGGCAGAAGUGCUGUGCGACUUCCCGGAAUUGACCACCCUCAUCGAAGGCAAGGAAGAGGAGAUCAUGCAGCGAACGACGCUUGUGGCUAACGUCUCCAACAUGCCUGUGGCAGCUCGUGAAGCCUCCAUCUACACAGGUGUCACGACCGCGGAAUAUUUCCGUGAUCAGGGAUUCAACUUAUGGUGGAAAUAAAGGGAUGAUCAUUUGGUCUAUCAAUGAUCUUAAUGUAACUUUUAAACGUAAGAGGAAAGAUAGGACCCGGAUUGACGAUGGUAUAUCAAUGAUCUUAAAGUAACUUUUAAACGUAAAAGAGGAGAAAUAGGACCCGGAUUGUUCACACUCGUCAAUAUGUAGGAGUAGGUGCUGCGGUCAUCUCGAAUUCUAGUGAUAAGUUCGCAAUCCCCCUACCCCUUGUCUCUUAUCCUGUAUCCUGAAUCGACAAACAUCAUUAUCAUUAUCAUCAUCAUCAUCAUCCUGUAUCCUGAAUUAGUCCCAGAGGACCCAAUGAGUCGCCUCUGCUCUCUUUUCAUACUCCGUUGGUAUGAUGGCCGACUCUACUUCCCGAUGGGCUGAGGCGCUUCGUGAGAUGGCUGGUCGAUUGGGUGAGAUGCCGGCAGAUAGCGGUUACCCAGCUUACUUGGGUGCUCGAUUGGCCUCUUUCUACGAGCGAUCUGGUCGAUGCAACUGCAUGGGUACACCGGAGCGUGAAGGUAGUAUCUCCAUCGUUGGAGCCGUCUCACCGCCAGGUGGUGAUAUGACGUUAUGGCACAAAUUUAAGUAAAUGCAGACAUUUCGUUUUCGACAGUUAUAUUGUAGUUUCGACAAAUAUAUAGGAUAGGAAGAGUACUAGUUGUGCGAGCUCGAACACGUAGUCUAAAGAUUUGUUUCUCAAGUUUUUAUCCUACGUAGUUCGACGAAAUAAGCGCGAGGUCACUCUCUAAUGCCCGAUCCCGUCACUUCCGCUACUCUCUCUAUCGUCCAAGUCUUCUGGGGUCUCUCCAAGAAGCUCGCGCAGCGAAAGCACUUCCCGUCUUUGGACUGGACUAUUUCCUUCUCGAAGUAUGUGCGAAUCUUGUGCCCCUUCUUCGAAGCCAACUAUGAUCCGGAGUACGGCCGCUUGGUCCAGACCUUCAAGGAGAUCUUGCAGAAGGAAGAUGACCUGCAGGAAAUUGUGCAGCUGGUUGGUACUGAAUCGUCUUGCUUUUAUUCGAAAACUCAAAGUAACCGAUUUACUGACUGAAAUAAGGGAGGUUAUAGCUUAACAUCAACAGGGCUACUCUUCCUUCUCAUCAGUAUCUCGGUCACUUCUUAUUUCAGUUACUUGCUUAAAUUUCAGUUUUUCGAAUACUUCAACCGCUCAGCUGAGUUUUUCGUAUCCACAAAGUAGCGCGAAGUUUUUCUCGACGUUUUUUGUGCUUAGCAUACAACCAGCAUCAACCAGGAAACAGCCACCCAAACCUCGUCCAACCCCUCCAGGUAAGGACUCCCUUUCCGAGGAUCAGAAGUGCACGCUCGAAGUUGCCAAGAUCAUCCGUGAGGACUUCUUGCAGCAGAACGGUUUCUCAGACUACGAUUUCAUGUGCCCAUUGGCUAAGACCAUUGGUAUGAUGAAGGUCAUCGCCAUGUUCCACGACACCGCACAAAAGAUGAUUGUCGAGUCUACGGGAGAGAAGAAAGUUACCUGGGGUAAUCCGAUUUUCAUAUUGAUGUUGGCAAAAUCUUAGGCAGCUCGCCGAAUAGAUUCAAUUCAUCAUUGAUGUUGGCAACCUGGUCUCCUCUUUUGACAUUGAAUCAAUGAUGUUGCCCGGUCUGGGUCUCCUCUUUUUUAGGCAGUCUGCACUGAACUUUUUUUUGAAUUUUUUUGAGGGAGAGCUAGACAUAGACGCUUCAAGAAACUGAUUGUAAGAACACAUAUCGAAUCUACUUAUUUUCCCAUCGAACACAUAUCGAAUCUACUUAUUUUCCCAUCUUCCACGAUAAUCAUAAUCUCAUAUUAAGGUAUCAUCUACACGGUCAUGCGUGAGCAGAUCACGAAGAUGACGAACAUGAAGUUCGAGCUUCCGCGUCAACCCGACCAGCAUUUCAAGAACACCUUUGGAGCCCUUGUCACCGAGCUCGAGACUAGCUUCAGCAACCUGAUGGACCACGUGUAAACAGGCUACGAUACUGGGUAGUGGGCGUAGACGACAGGGAGCAGAUGAGUACAGAUUUACUCCUUGAAAAUGAACCUCUUUCAAGUGAUGUCUGUGCGAUUUUUCCUUGUGACUACACUUCUUUUCAUCAUUUAGUACUUUUUAUUUUCGUCAUCAUUUUACCCUUUUUUACUAGUUUAAGAAGUAGUAGAGUUACUACAUUGUGAUUCAUUAUACCAUAAAAGCAUAAUUACUAUGUAGUUCUUGAAGUAGAUAAUUUGAAACAUUCAACUAUAAUGGGACAAGAUGCGCUGACUUAGUAGAUUCCUAGAUUUAGAGUAUCCUUUUUUCGUAUUGAAAGGUUACAAGUUACAUGUCGGUCAACUUUUAGAAUCAGUUUCUUCUAGUACAUAAACAUCCAGUUUCUGCCCGUAGACAGCUUUACCUACAUACUGGAGUUAUAUUUGAGUAGUGUUGGUGCUCUGUACCCUCCAUUUGGAGGGCCAAGCUCACUUUCCUCUAGACAGUAUGAAAAGAAGCGAUGGCGUCUCGACUACAUGGACCUCCAAGGGCAGGAGGAGCACCUGUGUGUCAUCCGCAGAAGGGGGGUCGUGCUGUGUCAGCUUCAGCAACACCUUGUGAGUUCGUUGCUCUCGUUUUAAUAUGGGAGAUGGAAGGAUUCAUCGAAUUUUUCAAUGCGCAUCGAACCUGAAGAACGUAGGACGCGCUUCGCAUGAAUCCUCGUGCGUAGUUUUGCCACACACCAAUAUGUGCAGACGACGGAGGGAGGAUCCCGCUAUCCUCACUAGAAUAUUUGAUUUAGAUUUUAUUUGGAAAAGAAACCAGGAGUUGCCCCAAAUAGAACGCCCAUAACCUACAUACAAAUUAGAGGAAAAAUGAAGAACAAGGAGAUUUCGUUGAGUUUGAGCUGUCUGAUGUACUUAGAUAAGGAGUGCUCCUGUGU